AUAUAAAUCGGCUCCUCCUCUUCCUCCGUCCUUCUUCUUGCUCCUCCUGCGGCUCCUUGGUCUCGUCUCUCCCGGUUUCUUCAUCAUGGGCUUCGGGGACUUGAAAUCCGCCUCCGGCCUCAAGGUGCUGAAUGACUUCCUGUCGGACCGCAGCUACAUCGAAGGGUUCGUCCCGUCCCAGGCGGACGUGGCGGUCUUUGAGGCGAUCUCGGCCCCGCCCCCUUCCGAUCUGUGUCACGCCCUGCGCUGGUUCAACCACAUCAAGUCGUACCAGAGCCAGAAGACCAGGUGAGGACGCCAGUCUUCCAGGUGUGAAGAAGCCGCUCGGUCAGUACGGCCCAGCGGGUGUGGCUGACACCACCUCAGGCUCCGCCCCCGCCGCCGCCUCAGACGAUGACGACGACAUCGACCUGUUCGGCUCCGACGAGGAGGAAGACGCCGCCGCCGCCAAGCUGAAGGAGGAGCGUCUGGCAGAAUACGCCGCCAAGAAGGCCAAGAAGCCCGCCCUCAUCGCCAAGUCGUCCAUCCUGCUGGACGUGAAGCCGUGGGACGACGAGACGGACAUGGCCAAGCUGGAGGAGUGUGUGCGCAGCAUUCAGAUGGACGGGCUUCUCUGGGGACAGUCCAAACUGGUCCCGGUGGGUUACGGCAUCAAGAAGCUGCAGAUCGGCUGCGUGGUGGAAGACGACAAGGUGGGAACAGACCUCCUGGAGGAGCACAUCACAGCCUUCGAGGACUACGUUCAGUCCAUGGACGUCGCAGCUUUCAACAAGAUCUGAACAAACAUCACGUCAAUAAAAAACUCUUUGAACACAA